AUGGCUGGGCCAUUCAGAAUUAUCAUUAGUAACUGGCAGACCAGAUCCGGAUCUCGUAAAACUGGGCUAGACGAAGUCGACCACAUGCAUUAUCACAGGACCAAGCAACCUCAUAGGUCCACUUAUUGUCAGUCCAAUGGCAGCAGAGCAAGAAAGGGACGCAGAGAGAUACGACCAUUGCAAUUUGCGCCGAAUUUCGAUGAAGUGGAAACUCAAAUGGAACCCGAGGGAAAGUUGUGCCAAAGGACCUUGGUUCGAGAUUUAGUUAUCCGAGGAGGUGAGCGGGUCUAG